AUGCCUAAAGUUGUCUCUCGUAGCAUUGUUUGCUCAGAUACAAGAGAUCAAGAAGAAUAUAGCAAUAAAAAUGCCACUCUAUUCGUCUACUAUUGCAUCUGUGGUCAAAUGGCGCUAAUCAUAGGUAUCCAUCGUACAAUUCUAAUUUGCAGUGGAAGGAGUCGAGCAAGG